AUGGCUGAUGUUGAAAGUUUUGAGAAACUCAAAGCUACCCAGCAAUUGUUAAAGGCUAGUCUACAGAAAUCUACAGCUCUUUCUUCAGCUAUUGAUGAAACUGGGUCUAGGUUGGAAGGCAUGAAGCAGAGAUUGCCAUCUUUGGAAGCUGCAAUGAGGCCCAUCACCAUGCAAAGAUGUGGAUAUUCUGCAAUUAGGGACCAAAUCAAUGGUGCCAUUGGCCCUGCUGCUGCUGUUCUCAAAGCCUAUGAUGUCGUUCGAGAGCUUGAGAAGUCACUCUCUUUUGCAUCAUGUUCUGAUCUUCCUGCUUAUCUUUCAGCCACCAAACGGCUUGAAGAAGCAUUGAGGUUUCUUGCUGACAACUGUGAGCUGGCAACUCAGUGGCUGCAGGACAUUGUUGAGUUUUUGGAAGGCAGUGCAUUUGCCAAUGAUCGAAGCCUUUUGAGUGUGAAGAAAGCUCUCAGAAUUCUACAGGAGUUGCAUGCAAUCGAGGGUUCAGCUCGUCGUGACGGAGGGCUUCUCAACGAGGCAUUCAACGAACUUGAAGCUGAAUUCAUAAUUUCAUUAAUGGAAAGCAGUGCUACUACGAUCACCAGCAUUGCUUCAUCACCAUUAUCAGUGCUUGUAAUUCAAAAGCUUCAAGCCAUAGUUGAGAGAUUGAAUGCUGCUGAUCGGCUUGAAAAGUGCAUAUUCGUGUACGCUGAAGCUCGGAGUUUGAGUGCUAGAAGAAGCUUGCAGGCUCUUGAUCUGGACUACCUUGAGAUAGAAAUCACAGAGCUUGUUGAUAGGCAGAGCAUUGACUCCUGCAUUGACCAAUGGGGGAAGCAUUUGGAGUUGGUUGUGAAGCAUCUGCUUGAGCUUGAGUACAAACUCUGCAACAAUGUCUUUGAGAAGGUAGGAUCAGAUGCUUGGAAGUGCUGCUUUGCAAGAAUUUCUCAAGAGUUUAGACUUGCUUCAUUCCUCCAAUUUGGAACUAAUGUCACCAAGAUGAAGAAGGACCCCAUCAAGCUCUUGAAGCUAUUAGAUAUAUUUACAGUUAUGGAAAAUCUAAGAUUGAAUUUUAACAGGCUCUUUGGUGGGAAGGCCUGCGAUGAAAUUCAAACCCUGACAAGGGAUUUAAUCAAGAGAGUUGUUAUUGGGGCUUGUGAGAUUUUAUGGGAACUUCCUAGCCAAGUGGAGUUGCAAAGGAGAUUUUCUCCUCCUUCGGAUGGUGGCGUUCCCGGGCUAGUAAGCUUUAUAACUAAUUACUAUAAUAAACUGCUAGGAGAUGAUUAUAGGCCAAGCUUGAUCCAGGUCUUGCAGAUCCAUCAAAGCUGGAAACAAGAUGUGUAUGAUGAUGGUGAUGAUGAUGCUCUUUCCCAUCAGAUUUAUAGUACCAUGAAGGAAGUUGGGCUAAAUUUAGAUGCAUGGUCCAAGGCCUAUGAGGACAUCUCCCUCUCCUACCUUUUCAUGAUGAACAAUCACUGCCAUUUCAGCCAAAUGAAAGGCACACAUCUUGGGGAUAUAAUGGGAGAUUCUUGGUUAGAAGCUCAUGAGAAAUACAAGGACUAUUAUGCAGCUCUCUACUUGAGAGAGAGCUGGGGAAAGCUUCUGCCUCUUCUAAGCCAAAAGGGUUUAAUUUCAUUUCCUUUUGAUCACCAGGAUUUUGAUAACAAGCUGCUCAAGGCAUUCAAUGAAGCUUUUGAUGAAAGGUACAAGAAGCACUCCAAUUGGGUCAUAUCUGACGAAGGCUUAAGGCAGAAGGUAUGCCAACUUUUGGUGCAGGCAGUUGUACCUGUUUACAGGAGCUACAUGCACAAGUAUGGGGUUUUUGUUGAACAAGAUGCAAGUGGUAGCAAGUAUAUUAAACACACUGCACAAAGCUUGGAGAAGAUGCUGAGCUCCCUGUUUCAGCCCAAGAUUGGCAAGUAUUCCAGCACCAAACAUAUACGUUUUAUUGGUAAACUGAAGAACGUCGUGAUGAAUCAGCUACAUGUAUCUCUCACGGCAAUGUGA